CAAAAGGUUUCUCUCUUCAGAUUUUAGGUGACUCCUUUCUCUCUCUCAUGUGAAGCUGACCAGUGCCAAUUAGAAGCCCGCUUUUUCCGCUGAUCACUCCUAAUCUGGGAAAAGCUCAAUCAAGCAAAUGAAAUGACACUAUCCUACCACAAUAAUCUCUCUCUCUCUCUCUCUCUCUCUGAGAGAGAAUUUGGUGACCUUAAUAUUCCUUCUUUCAGAUUGCUUACCGCAGCCUGUCAGGUCAAAUGGUGGCGUUACUAUUUGAAGAUGAUGGCAUGCGGGCCGUGGUGCUAAGGCAUAAAUAUAAUUUGCAAGUUUGUAUACAGUCAAUUCAAGGUUAGAUUGGUGGGAGAAAAAUCUAUAUUUUGGAGUUCUUGGCUUAAGGCAUUAUGGAAAGAGAGGAUCAUGGUGGAGAUAACCAGGCUAAGUUCUCCACCAGCAGGUUAUACUUCUCACUUUAGUGCCAUUUGGGGGUGUGGCCCUACCUCUCGAUCUCAGACGCUUGCAUGGUUAAUAGCGCACAAUAGAGUGCAAAUUGAAGAUAAUCCUUAAACAAUUGGUGUUCUAAGACAGAGAGGAAGCAUAGAUGGCUGCAACUGUGGAGCAACAUAUCAGAAACAAGAUGGCAUCCAUAUCCCCUAUUGCAUUAAGUUGUUGCAUUUCCAAUCCGAGAGAGUUGAGGCAGCUGCAUGCUCAUAUCCUCACCAUGGGGUUGUUCCAAUUAGAGGUCUUUCUACGUAAGAUCAUUACCUUCUGUGCAGUCACCGACCCAUGCUCCAUUGAGUAUGGCAGAAGGGUCCUCGCCCAGAUUGACUGUCCAUCAACUUAUAUAUGGAAUACCAUGAUCAGAGGUUACGCAUCAUCUCCUCAGCCACUCAAAGGGAUCAUUGUUUACAACCAGAUGCUGAGACGAGGAGCUUCUCCUGAUGCUUACACCUUCCCUUUCCUGCUCAAAGCAUGUUCUAACAGCCUAUCUAUUCACAAGUCUAGAGAGAUCCACUGCCGCGCAGUGAAGACGGGAUUCGAUUGGAAUGUGUAUGUUAAGAAUUCUUUGAUUCACGUUUACAGCGUCGUUGGUGAAACUGAGAAUGCCCGUAGAUUAUUUGUUGAAAUUUCUGAGCCAGAUGUUGCAUCGUGGACCACUUUGUUAUCGGCGUAUGCUAAUUCGCUGGACGUAGCACAAGCACGGAAGUUGUUUGAUGAAAUGCCUGAAAGAAGCGCCGUUACUUGGAGUGCGAUGAUUACCGGCUAUGUUCAAGCCAACUGUUACGAGCAGGCGAUGGGUCUGUUCCGAGAGAUGCAAGCGAAAGGGAUCGAACCAAAUGAUGCCACUCUUGUUAGUCUGAUUUCAGCUUGUGCCCAUCUUGGUUCUUUAGAACAAGGCAGAUGGGUUCAUUCUUAUGUGCAGAACAAGAAUCGAACACUGGAUACAAGGUUUAACUCUGCGUUAAUAGAUAUGUACUGCAAGUGUGGGAGCACAGAGAGAGCAAUGCUCGUGUUUAAACUAGCAAGGAACAAAGAUGUCACUGUUUGGACUUCCUUGAUUUCCGGCCUUGCCUCACAUGGCUUUGGAAGGACUGCUAUACAAUUUUUUGAGGAGAUGAAGCGGUCAGGAGUUGCACCGAACGACCUCACGCUUGUUGCCGUUUUGUCUGCGUGUACCCAUGCAGGCCUAGUGCAGGAGGGUUUAUCUAUCUUCGAGCGAAUAAGAUCUGAGUUCUGUAUCGAACCUAAGAUUGAGCACUAUGGCUGCAUGGUUGAUCUCCUUGGACGAGCUGGAUUGAUCAUGGAGGCGCUGUCGUUGAUUGAAUCCAUGCCGAUGGAACCCAAUGCUGCUGUCUGGGGAGCACUUUUUUCUGCCUGUAGAAUCCACAGACAUGCAAAACUUGGUGGGCAAGUGGCAUCGCAACUGUUGAGGGAUGAGCCGCAGAACGGUGCCCUUUACAUGGCGUUGAUGAACCUCUACAAUGAAACAGGAAAGGUUGAUGAUGCAGAAAAGGUGAAGAGGGACAUGAAAAAAAGUGCCUGUAAGAAGAAUCCUGGCUGUAGCGUGAUUGAAGUGAAUGGAGCAUGUACUGAGUUCAUAGUGGGAGACGAGUCACACCCACAAGCCCUUCAGGUAUGCUCCAACUUGAGCCGGUUGGCAGAGGAGAUCUGUAAAGGAACGGUUCUUGUUUGAUCCAUGAUCAGGGAGCUGAAAGAAGAAAAGACGAGGUACAGAAAGUAAGAGGAAUACGGCAACUUCAACGCGUAUCGAGUGAACACAGUAACAUUAUAGAAGCCAGCAAUGAAGUUGCCAGUUGCCACUGGGAGAUCCAUCUCGAAAGAGGAAUUUUGCCACUGAUGGUCUCUUACCAGUUAUCAGAAACAAAUUCUUGAGAAGGGUUCGGUACGUGACAGAUUGGAAGAUUCCGUUAUACGAGGGUGCAAUUUACCGUCCUAAGAGGUGAUGCAAAGCACACAUUUGCACGCCUUCAUACCUGAUACUCCGAGCCACUGACGACCAACCAGAGGAUCAAGCAGAAGAAACAUACCUGAUACUCACCGCUGCCACCUAGUUGGCCGUAAUGAAUUUUCAAUAGCAAAUGACUGAUCUUACUAGAAGCGGAAACCUGCGUCCAUGUCUCAAAAGUCUAGGAGCCCUUUGUUUCUGGCAUUUGAAAUUUUGAAUGAAACUACCGAUGACGAAGAAAAAAAACAGCCCACCAGAAUGAUCAGAUUCAGGAGGGCAGCGCACGCGCUAAUUGCCAAGGGCAUAAUGAACAUCAUGUGAUGUCAGAGGAUGACUUUGCAUCUAAAGAGGCCUGUCCGUUUCAUAUUUUUCGGAUUAUUUGUGAUCUUUGUUGUACCUUGUCAUGGACAUAGAAUACCAACAAACAGUACCUGUGUCUGGUUCAAGCAACAGACCUCAUACUAUUGAAAUAAAUGCAUGUUUGAAUCAA